UCGAAAAGUCUUGUAUUUCAUGUAGCUUAUUUUCGUAGCAGUCGUCCCACUGGGAAAAAAAGUCCAAAAAGCUAAUAAAAAAAAGCAGAAAUGGAGGUUAAAAAUUGAAAUGAUGGAAUAAUUAGUGGGUCACUCAGGCAAAAUUCAUCAACAGUGAAAAAAAAAAAAAAAAAAAAACGAAAGGCUGUAAUUAUUCAAAAUCAUAUUCAAUUAUAUAUAAUCACAGUCAUUCAAUCACAGGUCUCCGUUCCGCACCAGAGAUCCAAAAGCUUUUCCACACUUACCUGGUAGUGAGUGAACAAUGAGGCUUGUGAUUUUACAGCAACAUUGAUUUUUCGUUUAUAUUUCUCCGGUUCUUUCGAUUGAAGAACAUGGUAUCUAAUUAUCGACCGCCGUAUGCUCUCAUCGCAAUCGUCAUUUGGUUUCUGUCGACCGAAUCUUUCUUCAGCCAAGCUUCUCAAGCCGAUAUCGACUGCCUCAAAUCCGUAAAAGCAUCCCUCAAGGACCCGUCAAACUACCUAGCAUCGUGGAAUUUCAACAACACUGUCGAAGGGUAUAUCUGUAAAUUCACCGGCAUCGAGUGCUGGCACGAAAACGAGAACAGAGUGCUGAAUAUCCGAUUGUCCGACAUGAGACUCGAGGGGAAUUUCCCACUAGGCGUGGCGAGUUGUUCCUCGAUGACGGGCCUCGAUCUUUCGUCCAACAAUCUCCGAGGGAAUAUUCCCAAGAAUAUCUCGAAACUAAUCGGUUUCAUCACAACCCUUGAUCUAUCAUCUAACCAGUUCUUCGGUGAGAUACCGUUGGAUAUUGCCAACUGCUCGUAUUUGAAUGUACUUAAACUGGACGGCAAUCAGUUGACCGGUCAAAUACCUCCGCAGAUUGGUCUGCUUAACCGAAUGAAGACGUUUACGGUCGCGAAUAACCGAUUGAGUGGGCCCGUUCCAAAUUUUAUAAAUUCCACCAUUUCGGCGGAGAGCUAUGCGAAUAAUGCCGGACUGUGCGGGGGGCCUCUGCCCCCUUGUAGGGGCCCGCCGACAAAGGGGCGUACGCCGGCAAUUAUUGGUGGAGCUGUGGCUGGUGUGAGUGUUGGAUCUUUGGGUUUUUUUGUUAUUAUGUUCUUCUUCUUACGUAAAAUGUCGAGGAAGAGGAAGGAAGGAGAUCCACUUGGCAAUAGAUGGGCGAAGAGUAUCAAGGGUGCCAAACGAAUUCAGCUCUCGAUAUUUGAGAAAUCGGUUUCCAAAAUGAGCUUGAAAGAUCUAAUGAAAGCCACGAACGACUUCAGCAAAGAGAAUAUAGUCGGAACGGGAAGAACCGGAACAACCUACAAAGCAACACUCACAGACGGGACCCACCUCAUGGUGAAGAGAUUGCAAGACACGCAGCACUCCGAGAAAGAAUUCACCUCCGAGAUGACAACCUUAGGAAACGUAAAACACCGGAACAUGGUCCCACUUCUCGGUUUUUGCCUCACCAAGAAAGAAAGACUCUUAGUCUACAAGUACAUGCCAAACGGAUCCUUAUACGAUAACCUACAUCAUAGCGCGAACGAUGACACCAAAGCUAUCAUGGAUUGGCCUUUGCGCCUCAAAAUCGCGAUUAGGUCGGCAAAAGGGUUCGCGUGGCUCCACCACAAUUGCAAUCCGCGAAUAAUCCACCGCAAUAUUAGCUCGAAUUGCAUUUUAUUGGACUCCAAUUACGAGCCGAAAAUAUCCGAUUUCGGAUUAGCGAGGCUAAUGAACCCAAUCGACACUCAUUUGAGCACAUUCGUGAACGGAGAAUUUGGUGAUUUGGGGUAUGUGGCCCCCGAAUACACACGAACCCUAGUCGCAACCCCUAAAGGUGACGUCUUCAGUUUCGGUGUAGUGCUUUUAGAAUUAGUGACGGGUGAGAAACCCACGAGUGUGAGUAGGGCCCACGAAGGGUUUAAAGGGAAUCUAGUCGAGUGGAUUUCGCAGCUCUCGAGGGAAUCUAAGCUUCUAGAAGCUGUGGAUGUGUCGUUGGUUGGGAAAGGGUUUGACAGCGAGAUUUUCCAGUUUAUUAAGGUUGCGUGUAGUUGUGUUUUGCCAGCUGGACAUAAAGAGAGGCCGACGAUGUUCGAGGUUUACCAGCUAUUGAGAGCGAUUGGGCAACGGUACGAUUUUACGACGGAGGAUGAUGUCUUGGUGCCGUCGAAUUUCGAGGGUGGUGAGCAGUUGGUGGAGCUUAUUGUUGCUCGAGGUGUAAAGGAGAUGUAUUGAAAAGAAAAUCGAAUAUAAACGACAGUCGGUAAUUUCAUGUUGGUAUGUAAUAAAAUUUUGUUUUCUCAUUGUAGAUAUGAAAUGUUC